GAGAGCUGAUAUAUUUACUCUGUCCCUUUCGAGUGACAGGUCCGUGACAACAACGAACUGGAACAGAAGGGGUCUUGUACCGAAACUUAUUCAAUGACUUGCUCUCAUUAAAGGAGACACAAUGACGAAGCCUGAAUGAAGGCUGCUAUGAAGAUAAGGAGCAAUUCUUCUCGCUCAAUCUCGGUUAACUCCGGUUAUGAAUCCGAGCACCUCCUCUGCAUGCCCUGAGGGCCAGUCCCCUGCAGAUGACCUAAUGGAUGACUGGCUCUUCCUCUCCUCUGAGUCGGCUGGGCCUCAGCACCUGGACAUGAGCAGGGAAGACCAGGAGCCAGAGGACAGAGGAAAACUCAAAUCUAAGUUGGUCUCAGCAUGGAACAGUGUCAAAUACGGCUUUUCCAUGAAGCAUAAAUCCAAAUUCAGCAAGAGCUCUCCUGUGAUCAUGCUGGGACAAUCCUACGAUCUCAAGGAUCAAGGCGAGAGAGAGCGUUUCCGUCGUGCCUUCGGAUCUCUCCUGUGGUUGACGUACAGACGGGGUUUCCCUCUGCUGCCAGGCAGCUCCUUGACCACUGACAGCGGCUGGGGUUGCGUCCUACGCACGGGCCAGAUGCUGCUGGCACAAGGCCUGCUCCUGCACAUGAUGCCUCCAGGUUGGACUUGGUCCGUGAACCACCAUGCGGUCAGAGAUGACAUGGACCUGCUGGUGAAUCGCGCCACAGACAGCGCAGAGCGUGGACCGAAUUUAAAGGCCGGGCCCAACAAGAGGGGACGAAAGCUGAGCCUGGAUUCCUGUCUGGACAGAACCAUGGAGGCCUCUCACAGGAGGGUGGUGUCAUGGUUUACAGACCAUCCUACAGCUCCUUUUGGGAUACACAAGCUGGUGGAGUUUGGCAAAAGCUCAGGGAAGAAGGCCGGGGAUUGGUACGGACCGUCUAUUGCGGCACAUAUCCUCCGGAAAGCUGUGGUUGCAUCGGCGGACCUUCCCAAUCUGGUCGUGUAUGUUGCACAAGAUUGCACCAUCUACUUAGAGGACGUGAAGAAGCUGUGUGAGCGGCCUCCCCCUCAGUCCUGGAGGUCUGUCAUCAUCCUGGUUCCCGUGCGACUUGGAGGACAAGAGCUCAAUCCCUCCUACAUCACUUGUGUCAAAAAACUCUUGACAUUACAGUGCUGCAUUGGAAUCAUUGGAGGCAAACCAAAGCACUCUUUGUUCUUUGUCGGCUUCCAGGAUGACCAUCUGCUGUACUUGGACCCUCACUACUGUCAGCCCACAGUGGACACGACAAAGAAGAGCUUUCCCUUGGAGUCAUUUCACUGUAAAUAUCCCAGGAAAUUGGCUAUCUCUCGCAUGGACCCCAGCUGUACCAUAGGAUUCUAUGCUAAAGGCCAAAAGGAGUUUGAAUCACUGUGCACAGUUGUUUAUGAGGCUCUCUCCACAUCUGCAGAGACAUACCCCAUAUUUAUAUUUGCAGAGGGAAAAAGUCAUGAGGAAGAGCAGGGAAGCAAUACACCCACAAGCAAUAUCACCUAUAUCCAGAGGAAGAGUGAACGGAGAAGAGUGGACACCAGCAACAGCAUGGACGAGUUUGUUCUGUUAUGAACAGAGGAUCAGAUCUGCCCCGAGGGGCGUACGGUGAUCAGUGAUCACACAUAAAUGUGACAGCUACAUUGUGUGGCAGCUACUGAGUGUAAGAACAACGUCUGCAGGAACCUGAAGGGACUCCUUAAAGGUGGUGUACAAUGAAGUAGCCAGGUAUCAUUAAUGACACUACGGUAUUUUUACUGCUGUUUUGUGCUUAUUUGUAUUUUUAUUUAUUGGUUUAAGAUGAGAGCAUUUAAAUUGGUAGUUUAUCCAUGAAAUCCACACGGUCUUGCUCUUUUUUACGUAAUCUAUUCAAGAGAAUAAAAGUAGAAUAAUACUAAUAAUGAUUAUAAUAAUAAUGUAUUUCUCCCAGGGAUGUAUUAAGGUGAGUGUUACUAUGGGAUACACAGUCUCGCUGUUUCAUGUCAUGUGACAGGAUGCGCUGCCUUUGACUGGAUUAGCAAAUUGGAUUCUUGUAAACAUGUGACUUACACAUGAGAAACAGAGAGAAAACUACUGGAGAAGGAGUUAAACGCUGUGCAAAGAGGACAAAAAUCACUGAAAAUAUUGGUACGAACUGGAUUCUUUUUGCUGUCUUUUACGUAAAUAAAUGGUUGAUGAA